AUGUCCCGCCAACCCAUCUGCCAAAUCCUCACCCCCGUCGGCAUGCUCGGCUACGGCUUCGACGAGGCCGAGUUCCAAGCCACUCUCUCCCACCUCUCCACUAAGGAGAUGCCGACGGCGAUUGUCUUGGACUCUGGAUCCACGGAUUCCGGGCCGACGAAGCUGGCGAGUGGGAGCAUGAGUUGUCCGAGGGACGCUUAUAAGAGGGACUUGGGGAAGUUGUUGAGGGCUGUUGUUAACUGGAGGGUGCCGCUGAUGGUCGGGAGUUGUGGAGGGGCGGGGUUGGAUGGGCAGGUUGAUGAGUUGGGGCGGGUCGUUGGGGAGUUGUGUGAGGAGAAUCACUACAAGCUUAAAGUCUUGAAGAUCCACGCCGACAUCCCGAAAGACCUUGUCACUGCGAAGCUCAGCGAUGGCCGUAUCACCGGCUGCGGCGCUGCUGUCCCUCAGCUGACCCAGCAGGAUAUCGACCAAUGCAACAUCGUCACCUCGCAAAUGGGCGCAGAGCCCUUCUACGCCGCCAUGAAGCAAUGUCCAGACUUCGACGUCCUCCUCGCCGGCCGAACAUACGACCCAGAACCCUACUUCGCCUACGCCACCGCCUGCCUCGAACGCUACAACCCGCAGUACAAAGCCGACCCUGUCUUCCGCGAGAGAGCAGAAGGCAGCAUCAUGCACAUGGGCAAACUGAUGGAAUGCGGUGGCCAAUGCGCCAGCCCUAAGAGCUCCGGCAUGGUCGCUACAGUUUAUUCAGACGCUACGUUCGAGACGGUACCCACUGAUCCGGGUGCGAAGUGCACGCCGACUUCUGUUGCUGCGCAUACGCUGUAUGAGAAGACCAGGCCGGAUAUCCUGCCGGGACCUGGUGGGUGGUUGGAUUUGACGGAGUCGAGGUAUCAGCAGCUUGAGGAUGGGAGGACGGUGACUGCGUGGGGUGGGAGGUAUUUGAAGUCUGUUGAGCAGGGACGGCCGUAUCAAGUUAAGCUUGAGGGGGCGAAGAAUGUGGCUUAUAGGAGUAUGUAUCUGGGGAGCGUUAGGGAUCCUGUACUGAUCACGGAGAUCGACAACCUGCUCAAGCGAGUCAGAGCCUACGCACGCUACCAGCAUGAACAGCUCGAAGACAAGGAUUUUGAUCUAGACUUCCACGUCUACGGGAGAGGCACAAGCGAAAUCGUUAUCGUUGGAGAAGCGCUGGGGCCAACCCAGGCUCUUGCGUCCAGCAUUGCCAAUUCAGCACGCAUAGCGACGAUCCAUGGACCCUACGCCGGCCAGAAAGCGAAUUCGGGCAACUUCGCCUUUGGCGUGGCCGGUACGACUGAAGUGCCACUGGGCUUGUGCUCCGAGUUCUGCGUCUACCACCUCAUGGAUCUCGAACCCGGAGAAGAGACCUCGCUUUACAAGAUCGGCUACUCCGAGUUCGACUUCGCCCCCAAGACGAACGGCGUCUCGCGUGAACCAGAAACUCCCACCACCAAUGGCACCAUCAAAGCCCACGCCGACGUCACCAAGAAGACCGCCUCCUGGAAAACCCCCCUCACCCCCAGCACAGUCAACCCGCACACCGCCCGCACCCUCGGCGACGCCGCCAAGAUCCUCCGAUCCAAGAACUCCGGGCCCUACGAAAUCACUUUGGACAUCUUGUUCGAUCGGCCAGAAAUCUACUCCGUCAUCAAAGAGUCUAACUUUCUGACCACAGAAGUCGUAGCGAAGCUGUACGAUCUACAGCCAGAGCAAGUCCUGUGGUGCGGGUAUUUUGACCAGGCGCUGGGGUUCAAGGCGACGCUGCCGCGGAUGAGAAAGCGGAGGAUGGUGGCGAGUGGGGGGUUCAUGGAGGGGGAUGUGCAUGGGAGUCAGGGGUAUGUGGCUUUGAUGGGGUUGGAGCUGCCGGAGGGGGUGAGGGAGAGGUUGAGGGCGCUGGCUUGA